GUUCCGGCGGCCGGAGCUGGGCGGGGCUACGGCGACGGGAGCGGGACCUCCCCACAGAGAAGGAGAGGCGGCAGCGCCUCUCCCGCAGCCGGUCCGGAAUAGCUCGAGCGACGCGGUUGAGGCUAUGAGCCGCGGUGGUGGUGGUGGCGCGCCAGCGAAGCCCCCGAGGGCGCAGGCCUUCCGCCUGCCCGGCCGCCACGGCUACGCGGUCGAGUUCUCGCCUUACCUGCCCGGGCGCUUGGCCUGUGCUGCCUCGCAGUACUACGGGAUUGCAGGUUGUGGAACUCUGGUAGUAUUAGAACAAAAUGAAGCUGGAGUUCAUCUCUUCAGAAGUUUUGACUGGAACGAUGGCCUGUUUGAUGUGACGUGGAGUGAGAACAAUGAGCAUGUGCUUAUCACAUCCAGUGGAGAUGGCUCAUUACAAAUCUGGGACACUGAAAAGCCCACAGGUCCACUUCAAGUCUAUAAAGAGCACAGUCAAGAGGUUUACAGUGUCGAUUGGAGCCAGGCCAGAGGAGAACAACUAGUAGUAUCUGGGUCGUGGGAUCAAACAGCAAAAUUGUGGGAUCCUGCAGUGGGACAGUCUUUAUAUACUUUUAAAGGCCACGAAGGUGUCAUUUACAGCACAAUAUGGUCUCCGCACAUCCCAGGCUGCUUUGCAUCUGCCUCAGGUGACCAGACUUUAAGAAUUUGGGAUGCAAAAUCACCAAGACCCCCAGUGAUCAUUCCUGCUCACCAGGCGGAGAUUUUAAGUUGUGAUUGGUGCAAGUAUGAUCAGAACUUGCUGGUAUCAGGUGCUGUUGACUGCAGUUUGAAAGGCUGGGAUUUGAGGAACAUCCUACAGCCAGUAUUCAAGCUCUUUGGGCAUACAUAUGCUAUAAGAAGAGUCAAAUUUUCACCGUUUCAUGCUACUAUAUUAGCUUCCUGUUCCUAUGAUUUUACUGUGAGAUUCUGGGAUUUCUCCAAGCCUGAUCCACUGCUUGAAACUGUGGAGCACCAUACAGAGUUUACUUGUGGCCUGGAUUUAAGCUUGCAUCACCCAAGUCAGGUGGCAGAUUGUGCUUGGGAUGAAACGGUGAAAGUCUAUAGUCCAUCUUCAUUGAUAAUUCCGUUAUAGAAAGAGAUUCUCCAUGGAAGACAGCUGAUUUGGAAGAAAUUGCUUCUCCUUUCUCAGGGCAAGGCAGAACUUCCAUGGAAUGCAUUGUUAACCUUGAUAACAACCUUAUUUAAAAUAUGUCAUUUGAUGUUUUAAAUCAGGGAAAAGAAAUCUCCAGAUGUAUGAUUCUAACUCCUAUGAGUCCCAUCCAGCAUGGCCAAUGACCAGGGACAAGUUGCAGUACAGCAACAUCUGGAGGGCUAUAAAUUCACCCAACCAUUGAGAUAUACAGCUAACAUAGGACUUCUUUCGCAAAAACUGUGUUGGACUGGUAAAAUAAUAACAAAUUAGCUGGUCAGACCAAAAACAGAGAGAACUCCUAGAUAUGUAUAGAGCAUCUUGCAACCAUUCAUGUAAAGACUGGGUGAUUGGAACUGUAUCUUUAUAUCUACUGAGGGGGGAAAUGCAAAUCAUUGGUGUUCAAAUUAGAAUUUAUUGUAGAACAAUGUAGCAUCUAUCUGAUGCCUAUAGCAUUCAAUUAAUUUUGUUAGAGAUACAUUUUACAAUUGAUGUUACAUUAUAAUAUUCCACAAUGUUGAUGUACAGUAAAUUACAUUAUCUAACUCGGCUUUGUUGACCUUCUGUCAUUUUCAGGUAACUAUUCUUUAAUCAGAAAAUAAGUUGUUUCACUUUGUAUGUGGGUUCUAUGAAGAUUGUGCUACGGUCAUUUUCCUGAGUCAAUAAAUUUGGGGUUGGAGUUCAGAAUCAGUUGCGCCUGAAAUAGGGUUGCUAACAUCUGAAAGAUAAAAUACCUAUUGCUCCCUUUCCAACCCCAACCAGGUGUUUCUCAGGGAAGCAUGCAGAGGGUAUCCUUUGCAGGUAUGUGUAGGCAACCUCCUGAUGCAUACAAAUAUUUAUGUUUUGUGCUAAUCCCAAUACUGGCAAAAUAUGAAAAUGAGUAUACCAUCCUCCUACAACAUGCACAAGGUUAAAGCAGUAGCUUUCUCUAUGCAGCUUUUCUACAAAUCACUUUGAAAAAUCCAUACCCACAAAUCCAAGACGAAUUGGUUCUCUGCCAGAGGCAUUCAGCCUACUCAGAUUUUGGCUGUUGGAACUUUGCACCCUUUCAAAUACAGUACCGCAAACAUUCCAAGAGAGGCCUUGGCUUCCACUGCAAUAAAGGUUUGCAAACUGGAGUGAAACACUUGAACCAUUUUGUUUGUGUCUUGUCCAUGGUAAUCUGCCACAUUACAUAUCAGUGAUCACAGAUCAGUGAUCACCGUGUCCUAAUCCUAGUUUUAAAUUAAUGUACUAGAUAGGGAAAAGCUAAGAUACAGGAAGUCUCCACAUAAUUGGGAGAUGAUCAAUAAAUGGAUGAUAUUAUAGGGGAAAAUAUUUAUUGAAACUUUUAAUGAUAUUUUUAAAAUAACACUUAUGGGUCAGGCACACAGCUGUUUUCCUUUUGCUGCCAGAUAUCUGCUAUAUAUAGUUUUUUAAAAAAUCUGUUAAUUGCAUUUUGAACUGUAAAAACUUUAGCCGACCAUAGUUUGUUUUUUUUAAAAAGUAUUGUAUGGAGUACAGUGUCUUCAUACCUAAAAUCAUCUUACGUUCUACAGCAGUAUUAACUAUGGGACAGACUAGCUUCUUUCAGUUGUGGACACAGACCAGUCCAGAAAUAUUUUCAGGUGGCUGGGCAAAGCAAUCCCAGAGAACCCUUGCCUGUAUACAUAAGGAAUUACAUCCACUCAUCUGUAAAUCCAUCCUUCAUUUGUCCGUUGCUAACUCUAUGAUGGUGCAUAAGAUGUAAGGUAAAACCCUGGACUGUUAAGUCCAAUCAAAGGCGACUAUGGGGUUGCAGCACUCAUCUUGCUUUCAGGCCGAGGGAGCCAGCGUUUGUCCGCAGACAGCUUUCCAGGUCAUGUGGCCAGCAUGACUAAACUGCUUCUGGCACAACAGGACACCAUGAUGGAAACCAGAGCGCACAGAAAGGCCAUUUACCUUCCCACUACAGCAGUACCUAUUUAUCUACUUGCACUGGUGUGUUUUUGAACUGCUAGGUUGGCAGGAGCUGGGACAGAGCAAUGGGAGCUCACCCCGUCACGGGGAUUCGAACCCCCGACCUUCCAAUCGGCAAGCCCAAGAGGCUCAGUGGUUUAGACCACAGCGCCACCCGCGUAAGAUGUAGAAGCAGUUCACGCCAUCCAUUUGUUCACAGUGACAUCCUGUGUUGUUGUUCAGUGUUGAGAGACUGAACACUCCCAGUAAUGAUCUUUAUAUGUUACCAGCUCCUUUUGUUGCAGAGGGGUGCAUACAAGGGCCUGACCGCCAAAGUGACCACCUGCAAUGUAACAGCCAAUAUAAUCCCAAAGACCAUUUGCCCCAAAUCCUGGACCUUUGGACAACUCCACUGAAAAUGAAUUCUCUCUCUACUUUCUUGCGAUGUAGCUUGAACACUGGGAAGCUGUGGAGCUGUAUACCGAGUUGUAUCGUGUAAUUCAGUGAAAUGGGUGCAGCUUUUCUUUAAUGGCACUUUUUAUGUAUACUUAAAAAUAUGUAUAUGUAUGUACAUGCAACCUUUGACACUUAAAUAUUUUCUUAUUCUGUUUCACUUCAGUAUCAGCAGAAAUUUUAAAACAAUGAUUCAACUUGGUUUCCAACAAGGGAGAGAAAAACCAAGGUAUGUUAGGGUUUAGGAACCUGCUGCAAGACAGACCCAAAAAAGAAAAUAACAGAACACCACUAGUCAUCACAUACAGCUCCCAAGUUAAAACAGUACAAUGCAUCAUCAGAGAUCUACAGCCUCUCCUGGACAAUGACAGCUCCCUUUCUCAAGCUCUGGGAGGAAGACCUUUCAUUGCCUACAGACAGCCACCCAAUCUUAAACAACUCCUCACCCACAAUAAUACAACCACCAGACUUAACAUGGACACUGGUACCAGAGCCUGCAAUAAACCCAGAUGCCAACUUUGCUGCCACAUACACCCGGACAACAUCAUUACUGGCCCCAGCAACAUCCAACAUGCCAUCUCAGGACUAUUUAAUUGCUCAUCUUCUAACAUUGUGUAUGCCAUCAAAUACAACUUAUCACCAACAGUGCCCUUCAGCUCUCUAUAUUGGACAAACAGGCCAAACCCUACGCCAAAGGAUAAAUGGACAUAAAUCUGACAUCAGGAACCAGAAGACAGAAAAACCAGUAGGAGAACACUUCAAUCUCCCAGGACAUUCUAUACAAGAUCUCAAAGUAGCUGUCUUACUACAAAAGAAUUUCAGAAAUAGACUGGAAAGAGAAGUUGCUGAAUUACAACUUAUCACCAAGCUCAAAACCAUGGAGGGACCUGGUUUGAACAGAGAUAUCGGAUUCUUAUCUCAUUAUACAUGAUAAGCGAUCUUCAGCCAUCUCAACCCUUGCUUUUUCAUGCAAAACCAUUUGCAGUCGUUUUCGGUCAUCAACAGCUAUCAGUCAGUCAAUCACCCACUUCCACCACCCUUCUGAGUG